AUGAGUCUUUUCGAAUCAUUAUUUUUUACUGUAAUUUAUCGAAAAGGGAUAUUGUUCCAUUUUAUACUGCUUAUUUUACGGUCGUCUAGUACUAAUCAUCUUUUUCGUACUUUUUGCUUUCUUUCUUUCUUUCUUUCUUUCGUUCGUUGGCUAUCUAUCUAUCUAUCUAUCUAUCUAUCUAUCAGACUAAUCAUAUAUUUCUUUUCUCUUUCUUUCGCUAUCUAUCUAUCUAUCUAUCUAUCUAUCUAUCUUAAUCAUAUAUUUCUUUCUUUUUCGAAUCAAUUACAUAUUUCUUUCUUUCUUCUAUUGUUCAUAUUGACAUCUAUCUAUCUAUCUAUCUAUCAGACUAAUCAUAUAUUUCUUUUUCCUUUCUUUCGCUAUCUAUCUAUCUAUCUAUCUAUCUCAGUCUGUUCGUAUCUAUCUAUCUAUCUAUCUAUCUAUCUAUCUAUCAGACUAAUCAUAUAUUUCUUUUUCCUUUCUUUCGCUAUCUAUCUAUCUAUCUAUCUAUCUAUCUAUCUAUCUCUCUAUCUCAGUCUGUUCAUAUCUAUCUAUCUAUCUAUCUAUCUAUCUAUCUAUCUAUCUAUCUAUCUAUCUAUCUCAUCCUGUUUCUAUCUAUCUAUCUAUCUAUCUAUCUAUCACUGA